AUGUCUGCCUCGAAGAUAGACUUGAACAAUCUUACAGAUGACCAGAAGACACAAGCUAUCAAGGAGUUUCGAGCUCUUUUGGGUUCGGAAAGCCCAAAGCAUGACGAUAACACACUCCUCCGCUUUCUAAUUGCCCGCCAGCUGAAUGCCCAGAAGGCUCAUGAAAUGCUCAAUGGCUAUUUCGAGUGGCGCGAGAAAGAAGGGAUCGAUCGACUACCGGUACCAGGAGUCAACGGCAAUCCCGUCAUGCAGAACGUGCGCGGCUUUCGAUCUGUACCCGACGCUAAUUGGGAUAUGAGCGUCGAAGGCAUGCCGGAAGACUUCAAAAAGUUUUAUUCAUGCAUGGGCGGCGGAUGCUUCCACAAAGUUGACAAGGAAGGAACGCCAGUUUUUAUCGAGCGGACGGGAUACCAUGAUGUCAAGGGUCUAGCAGUGAAAUGCAGUCCAGCUGUAAUGCUUGAUUGGCAUAUACGAAAUAAUGAAUUUGUCUUCAAUGUGCUGAUGCCCGAAUGUACCCAGAGGGCGGGGAAAACGAUUGAGAAACACACUGUGAUCUUUGAUUGCACAGGCUUGGGUAUCUGGCAAUUUGACAUGACCGGGCUCAAUCUGUUGAGGGCCGUGUCGGAUCUUGAUUCUAGAGUUUAUCCGGAGCGACUGGGCAAGCUGUUCAUCGUCAACACACCAGGGAUAUUUGCAAGAGCGUGGAACAUUAUAAAGCGGUGGUUAGACAAACGAAUUCUAGAGAAAAUCUUCAUAUGUGGUUCGGACUACAAAGACGUCCUGCUCCAGCACGUCGAUGCUGAAAAUCUGCCAGACUUUCUUGGGGGCAAGUGCACCUGUAGUCAUAUGCCCGGAGGAUGUGUGCCUUCUCCAUACCUCGAAAGUAGAAACGCAAAAGGAGCCGGGGACAACUUUCAGUUCAGUACAUCACUCGGAUCGUCCAGCCACGAAUAUGAGAUUACAGUACCAAAGGAAGAAGUUGAGGGGGCAAGUCAAGCGAAGCUUUUCUACAAGUUUCGUACGACCAAGCGCGCGGUGCAUUUUGAAAUUCGACACCGCAAGGAAGAUUGUGCAGAUGAACGGGUAAUUGUGCCUUCAACAAGCCGCGACAGCCAUAAAGAAAUUGUACAAUCGGACAUGAACGUGGAACCCGGUACCUACGUGUUUUCCUGGCAAAAACCUGCGGGUGGAUUCUCUUUGUUUAAUUCAUUAGCCUUGGAUUAUUCAAUUGACCUGACCGUGGAGGAUGGGGAAGAAUUCGUUACGGAGCAUGUAACAGUCCAUGAAGCCGAUGAAAAACCAGGAUCAGACAGUGAUGAUGUUGUGGAGACAGCGGAGGGUGUGGGUCGCUUAAGUGUAUCUUAG